UUCCGUUAAGUUAAAUUCCGUAAAAUCGUAUCCUUUUUCUGUAUCGCACAAAUUAGAGAUAAUGGGAAAACGUAAACGUAAGGAUAAAAAUCGUCAUUUAAAAGAAAAGAUUAGGCGAUUAGAAAAUCGACUCAACCGUUGUUCAUCAUCAGAGUCGGCAACAGACGAAGAAUACAAUGAUUAUGAUCGGUACUAUCCAGAAUCGUACGAUUACCCUCACAAUCCAGGUAGUGAAGACGAAGUACCCCUAAUACCGUGGUCUGAUUCGGAACAUUCAAUUCCCGAUACAACGCCCAAAUCGGUAAUCAUGCAACCUGAACCGAUAGCGGGCCCCGCUCUUAAUUCUGGCGCACCCAGUAACGUCAAUGAACCGGUAUCAGCUGAUCCGGGCAUCAGCACUAAGACUGAUACAUCGCCAACGUUGCCGUUCGAUAUAUUAGAGGCCCUCGGAGACCCGAAGGGAAAAGAGGAAAUAUAUGGACCAAAAAUACCUGAUGAGAUCUCUAAACGUUGGGGCCGGAUACUCGUUGACGGCCUAGAGAAAGAUGUAAAGCAAAAACUGCCUGAAAAACACCUGAUACCAGAUAACUUUCGUUUGGCUAAGGCUCCUAUUUUAAAUCCUGAGAUUAUAUCGGUGCUUAACGAAUCAGUCAGAUAUCGUGACAAAUUAUUAGAAAAAGAGCAAAACCAACUGGGAUUAGGCAUUUCUGAGCUCACAAAUCUAGCUUCAGCGGUAAUCAAAGAAAACUUAGAUAAAGUCGAGAUAUUAAAGAAACUUUCUGAAGCUAGUCAGAUUUUCCUAGACCUUCAUCACGAUCAGACCACUAGGAGAAGAAAACUCAUAACCACAACUCUUGACAAAAAAUUUGUCAAUAUAAUAUCGGACGUAAAAAGGGAUACCUACCUGUUUGGCGAGAACCUAGGGGAAAAAAUAAAAGCCACAAAAACAGCGGAAACAUCAGGGCUGCAAGUGAAGCGUAAAGAUGUCAACGCUGGCGCAUCUACGUCUAGGAAAUAUCCCAACCAGGGAAACUGGAGGGGCCCACCCCGAACAUACUACCAAUAUCAUCAAUUUCAACGAGCACCGAGACAGGGUGGGCCGAGACCGCGCUACCCUCACCAGCACCAGCAAUAUCGGUACCGUCCGCCAGUUCCCGAUCGUCAAGCCCAAUCGACGCGCAAACCGCCCAACAAGACCCCGAAAGCCUAACAGAGGAAGAGACACCCUCUCUGGAGUCGCCUUUCCCUGGCGGCAUCACUAUUAUCCGGGGAGCAUUUAGAAGACAAAAUCUAAACCCAGACACAAUUGAUUUUCAAUUGAUAUCAUCUUUAUCAAAAAAUUCUUUAAAUCAGUAUAAUAGUGGUUACAAAAAGUGGUGGACGUUUUGUUCAAAAAAUAACGUAAAUAUCUACUCCACCAAUAUUCCUGAUAUUCUUGCGUUUUUUACGGCUGAAUACAACGCCGGAGCAAGUUACUCCACUUUAAAUACACUUCGUUCUGCACUUUCCUUGAUAUUGGGCAAAAAGUUCAGUGAAGAUGAAAGGGUCGCUAGGUUCCUGAAAGGUGUGUUUAAAACAAAACCUGCAUUACCAAAAUACCAGUCAAUCUGGGACCCUAAUCUAGUUUUAGAUCAAGUCGGUAAUUGGCAUCCUAAUGAAGACCUGCCUAUAGAUAAAAUUACAAAAAAGUUGGUAGCUCUUCUUGCGUUGUCUACAGGACAACGUAUGCAGACGCUAGCCCUUAUUACCUUAUCCAAUAUCAAGGUAAAUUAAAAGAAUAUUGAAAUUGUAAUUAGUGACCUUAUUAAAACUUCAGCUCCGGGUAGAUCUAUGCCCCGGUUAAUUAUUCCAUUUUUUCCUCAUAAGGUCGAGAUAUGUCCCGCUAAAUGUCUAAUUGCAUAUAUGGAAAAGACCACUCAAUUUAGACAUUUAACGAAAACAGACAAGUUGAUUUUAACAACAAAAAGUCCAGUCCAUAACGCGAGCCCUUCGACCAUUAGCCGUUGGAUAAAGUCAGUAUUGGCAGCAAGCGGAAUAGAUACUUCAGUUUUUUCGGCCUACAGCUGUCGUCAUGCUUCUACCUCAGCAGCCAGUCGGAAAGGGGUAUCUGUAGACCUUAUCAAAAAGUCAGCUGGCUGGUCAAAGAAUUCUUUGGUAUUCGCAAAGUUUUAUAAUAGGCCGGUAAUUGAAGAAGACAGCAACAUUUUUGCAGAGGCCGUAUGUAAUAGGGACAAUUAUUAAAAUUGCAUUUUAAUACUA